AUGCAUCGUCUUAUUUUUAUUCCACUGGUUCUCGUGCCUGUUUUUUAUGGACACAAGACAGCUAGUGCUGGCACAACAGGAACCGCAGAAACGCUCAAUUGCUUAAAUGAGAUGAACGUGGAGAGGGCAGCUGCGGGACUCACGGCGCUUAAGGAGGCAACUGAAACAGCACAAGUGCUGCCGAAACACCCUGCUGCUGUUAAAGAUAUAACAGCUGCUACUUUGUGGAACGAAAUCUGCCAAAUAAUAGUAGGGGAACAAAACGACAGCGCCCAGGCCAAGCAGUUAACGGGAACCUUCGCGUACUACCGCGGCGAGAAGGACUGCAAAGCAGCAGUGCAGUACUGGAAGGACGGGUUUUCGCUCUUCAAUAAUCAGCUUCCCCCAACGUUCAAAGCUUUGAAUGACCCGAAAGUGUACACCGACCAAGCCGUUUCCUUUGUCGCUUUAUAUAAUCCUCAGGCGAGUCCUGUUUCCAGCUGCGCCUUCGUCACGUGCACAACAGCAGCCGAGUUUACUGCCCCAGGCCUGCCGAAAAGCCACGAAGGCCGGUCAAUAAGGAGACUUCAAGAAGAAGGGGAUACUACUACAGCCGUUAUAUGCUUGACGAAUCCUGAGGCACUGACCGCGGAAGAACCGCCAUUCAAGGAAGAGGCGUGGCAGAAGAUUGUUCAAGCUAUAGUUGGUACUGAGGAGAGCAACGGGGCUUCGCCAGUCAGGCCGUCAUUGGCAGUUGGGCUCAUAAUGAUGCUUUUUGCCUACGGGUUUUUUUAA